CAGGAGCAGCAUGCCGACGCCGUCACCGCAGCAUCAGCAGCAGCAGCAGCAGCAUCAGCAGCAGCAUCAGCAUCAGCAGCAGCAUCAGCAGGCGGAGAGUUACCUGAGCACCCCGAGGGCCACCCUCUCGACGCUUCUCCCGCUGCACAGCAGCAGCAGCAGCAGCAGCAGAGAGCAUCUCUGCACCCUGCUGCUGCUUCUGCUGCUGCUGCUGCUGCUGCUGCUGCUGCUUCCGACGCUGCCGCAAGGCCGGCAGCAGCAGCGGAGCCGGAAGUCUUGCCGCGAGCGACGGCGUGUGCACCGGCAGCGGGCUCAGCAAGAGCAUCUGUUGGGGAGGCGGUUGCUGCAGGUGAUAUCCAUGCUGCUUCUUCGUCUACGCCUCCCUUGGCGGAUGGCGUGGCAAUAGCAGCAACCGAGAAAGCAGCAAGGAGCACAGAAGGAUUCGUGGAGGAAGCAGCGUCUUCGUUAGCUCCUUCAGCGGCAGCAGCAAAUCUCGGAUCCCCAGCGCUGCCAUCAGCUGAAAACACGGCAGCGAGUCCAAGAGUAUCGCAUGCACACGUUUCAUCUGCAGCGGCAUUGACUUUUGCUGCCGCACGACACACUCAGGGAAUGAGUGGAGAACGCCCUGCAGUUACGGCGACAGCAGCAGCGACUGGAUCGGCGGUUGUCGAAGCGGCCAGCUCCGCCAAGUCUGCCUGUACACCCGAAGCUGCAGGAGACACGCAUGUCUCUCGAGGGCCUGCCGAGCAGUCUGAAGACUCACCGAUAAUGGCGACUGCACAAAGCGCCUCCACAGCAACCAGCCGUGCAAGUAGCUCAUGCGACGCAUGCUCCUGCGACGCCACAUGCCACCCUAUCUCAACUGCAGCUACCCGGGAGGCCUUUAGGCCUGACGGAGAGACAGCAGCAAGCAGUGCAGCUGCCACAGCAGGACGGAGAUAG